GUUGGCUAUCGUGCAACGUGCCAAAAUUCUGGUUCCACAGAGAGCUCAAGAGAGUUGCAAUGGUAUGUCAAUGGCGCAGAUCCCUGGCUAUAACUUCAACCGCCUCGUCCUUCUCAUCCCGUCCUUCUUCUGCAACUCCCUCCCUCUGUUCGUCUUCUUCCUCCACCCAGCCUCUGCUUCAUCCUCCUCCCGAAUGGAUAGAGCCCUUCGUCGACCUCUCCGACCUCGCACCCCACCGCUACCCCUCUGCCUCUCCAGGCAGGGCAUAUGGCGAUGAGCAGGAGCAGGAGCAGCUGCAGCUGCGGCUGCGGCGGCGCUCCCCGUCCCCAUGGCUUGCUCGAAUCGUCGGCCUCGUCCUCCAAUCCCCCUCUCCCUCUCCCUCCCCCUCACUUGAGUCCCAACUCGAUGACUUGUGCCGCACCUUCCUCCUCCGCCUCUCCCCCGCCUUCGUCUCCCACGUCCUCCGCUCCCCCGACAUCCGCCGCCGCCCGGGCUCCGCGCUCUGCUUCUUCCGCUGGGCAUCCUCCAAAAAUUGGCUCCACCAGCAGCAGCAGCAGCAGCAGCAGCAGCAUCUCCUUGAUUCUUACGUCUCCCUCCUUCAUGCCUUCGCCUCCUCUCCCCCCGGCCAAUCGGCUAGUGAUCGUGUCCGUGAGCUGGUGGCGGAGAUGCUGAGUCGAGAGGAUCUCCUGUCGCUGCUCACUCCUUGUGCUUCCGCGUCCCUGAUCCAGAGCCUCGGCGCCCUAGGCUUGGUCGAGGAGCUACUGUGCGUCUGGCGCCGGACGAAGGAGAUUGGGAUCGAACCCUCCCUCCUCACCUACAACUGCCUCAUGGAUGGCUUGGUGAACUCCGGCUUCGUCGACUCUGCCGAGAAGGUCUUCCGUGUCAUGGAGCAGCCCGACGCAAAAGCCCGCCCAGACGUCGUCUCCCGCAACAUUCUGAUCAAGGGCUACUGCAAGGCGGGCAGAACCCAGGAUGCCCUCAACCUGUUCGGCCAAAUGCAAAAGGAGGGUGCCGAAAAUGCGUCGUCCGCCCCCGAUAAGAUCACGUACCUCACUCUUAUCCAGUCCCACUAUGGGGACGGCGCCUUUCUCCGAUGCCUUUCGCUCUAUCGGGAGAUGGAGGAGAAGGGGUUGGAGAUCCCUCCCCAUGCCUGCACCCUCGUCAUCGCCGCUCUGUGCAAGGAGGGGAAGCCUUUCGAGGCGUCUGCCGUGCUCGAGAGAAUGCUCGGCAGAGGCUGCGGGGCCAACGUCGCCAUUUAUACUGCUCUCAUCGACUCGUUCGCAAAGUGUGGUGCUGAGGAGCAGGCGAUGUCUCUUUUCCGCCGAAUGAAGGAUGCCGGGCUCGAGCCCGACGCGGUCACCUAUAGUGUGCUCAUCAACUGCUUGUGCAAGUCCGGGAAGGUGAGCGAGGCGAUGGAAUGGUUUAGGUUCUGCUCGGAGAAAGGUGUUCCGGUGAACACUAUCUUUUAUUCUAGCCUCAUCGAUGGCUUUGGGAAAGCUGGAUCGGCGGACCGGGCGGAAAAGCUGUUUCAUGAGAUGGUAGAGAAGGGUUUCGUGCCGGAUUCGCAUUGCUACAAUGCCCUCCUGAACGCGCUCGUAAAGGCUGGACGGGUUGACGAUGCGUGUGCUCUGUUCAAGAGAAUGGAUGGUGAGGGUUGUCAUCAGACCGUCUACACGUAUACGAUACUUAUCGAGGGAAUGUUCAAAAGACACAAGAAUGAGGAGGCGCUGAAGCUAUGGGGCGUGAUGAUCGAUAAGGGAAUUGCUCCCACAACUGCUUCCUUUAGAGUCCUUUCUACGGGCCUCUGCCUUUCGGGAAAGUUCAACAGGGCGUGUAAGAUUUUGGAUGAACUAGCACCGAUGGGGGUUGUUCCUGAGACGGCUUACGAGGAUAUGAUCAAUGUGUUGUGCAAGGCCGGCAGGUUUGAGCAUGCCUGCAGGUUGGCUGAUGGAAUUGUGGAGAAAGGCCGUGAGGUGCCUGGUAGGGUUAGGACGUUUAUGAUUAAUGCCCUUAGAAAAGCAGGAAAUGCUGAUCUGGCUAUCAAAUUGGUACACAGCAAGAUUGCUAUAGGCUACGACAGAUUUGGUAGCAUCAAGAGGAGGGUAAAGUUCCAAACUUUGUUGAACUAGUAGGUGGAUUACAUGGCUAGAUGAUUCGAUAGGCUCUCAAGAGUUAACUGCAUCUGGCCCUUCUCUCAUUGUGCUUGCCCCGUAGAAAAUGAAAGUGAUCUACAAACAGUUUCUGGCAUGGAUCUGCAUUUUUAAACUUUCUCCUUUUUCUCUCUAUAUUUUUGUUUUCUUUUUUUUUGGAGAUUCUGCUGUGAGAUGAAGGGAGCUCCAACAGUGGAUUUUUUAAUUUUUAAAAUGGUUUUCUACA